GAGUUGAUCCGUCAGUGUUUAUUGAUGCAGACACAUUUUAAUUGUGAUAUUGACUGUAAACAUGACGUGCAAUGAUUUUUUUUACCACUUUCCUCAACUUAUUCAUGUGAAUUUUUUCUGAUAUUUCUAACUCUUUAUGUACAAAGGUGUAUUGCAAUGUUUUCAAUGAAGUCUAGUCUCAUCCUCAUACAGCUGGUUGCAUGAAACACUGAUGCAUUUCUUACUGGUUUUACUUUUUAAGUAUGUUGAAGCAUGGUCCAUUUUCCGCUUCAUUUGUAUGUGAAUGCAGGUGUUUCCUCUCAUUUAACCUGGUGUUAUUUUAGUUCAGAGAGUUAGAUGAAAUAGCGACAUAAUUUCCACUGUAGCUCCACCUCAUUUACACCUGACAGGUGUGAUUGUGAGAAGCAAUUACAAACACCUCUGUGAGGGUGGAGUAAAACGUAUUUUGUUUUCCCCUCUUGUGUGCGUAGAUGCAUAUAUAUCAUAUCUGUGUCUGUCUGUCGUUACAGAGAUGCGCGGAGAGGUAUUUGUCCUUUGACACUCUGUACUCUGAAGUUGGACACUCGGGGGAUUUUUCUGCGUCCAUUCGAAAAACUUGACCGUCCAAUCCACGCGCGGCUCCGGUGCAGUGGCUCCUCCUCCUCUCCGCCGCUUGCUCCCACAUGUAACGUUAUCACCACCCACCCUCUGGCUGUCUCAGGCAUUGUCUCACCGGGGACGCAUCGCACGGAGCGCGGCGCCGUGGUAACUCCACCGAGACGGCAAACAAGUGACAAGAAAAAAAAGGGACGAUGUCAACAGGAAACGAAGCCGGGGUUAAUAUGAGGCAUGGGUCGGUGAUGUCUCUUCAGUCUGCCGCUGGAUUCAUUAAUGCUAGUCUCGUGCCAGUCCGCGGGGCUGCGUGAAGCUGCAGGCUGCAUGGCACCUUCCAGAUGGACGGGAUAAUCUCCUUAAUGUUGCGUUAAAUCGAGCUGCUGCUAUGAUACUGUCGCUCAGUCGAGUCCGCGUCGCUCUGUCUGGUGCUGAACCUUAACAAUUCACUCCUCUCACGCGUCGGUAACUGAGCCGUGGUCAGCAGUGCGCCCCCGGUCCGCCUGCCGGCAUCCAAACGAGGAUGGCCGCCCGCCGCAGCUGCGUGAACUCGCUCUGGUCGGGCACCGAGCGCGUCCGCAUCGGAGAGCGCCUCAAAGCCACCCUGGCCGGGGUGCUGGAGCUGGAGGUGCUCAGGUGCAAACACCUGGAGAUGGUGGACGCCGCUCUGGAGGACCGAUCCUCGGCUGCCCCCGACGGAGAGGAGCCACCGCCGGAGGAAGGGAGCGGAACCCCGGAGAGCACCCCCUCAGAUAGCGCGCAUGGCUCUGCGACAUCCCCCAGGCAACAGGCUCCCUCUCCUUCAGAUACGAUGGUAUUUCCUUGUCAGAGCAGCCCGGAGGACUGUGGCAGUAAUUCAGGGGACGGGACAGUCAACCUCUCCUCUGGCAGGGGCAGUAACUCCCGCUGGUCGACCCUGUCCUGGGACGCCCCCUCGGACCUUCUCUCUCCCCCGACCCCAGACCUCAGCAGUAUGGUCCACCCGGACUGCGACUCCAGACCUAGUUCAGGUUUCUAUUCGGUGAGUGGGAGCUCUCUGUCCGACUCUUCCUACUCCGUCUCAAGCGAUGCUGCUCUCGGCGGACUGGUUCCACCUGCCCGACCCCUGCAGCUGUGGGAGCAGGUUCCUCUGUCUGCAGAGAACACUGACAUCUUGUGGCCCGAAGGUGCAGGGCAACUCCAUCAGACUUUACUCCAGAGCAGCCAGGAAGAAUGUGACCCAACAGAGGGGACCCAAGAACCAAGAGAGGGGGCCCGAGAACCAACUAAAGGUAUACAAGAACUGACAGAAGAGACGCAAGAACUGACAGAAGAGACGCAAGAACUGACAGAAGAGUCGCGAGAACUGACAGAAGAGUCGCGAGAACUGACAGAAGAGUCGCAAGAACUGACAGAAGAGACGCAAGAACUGACAGAAGAGACCCAAAAACUGACAAAAGAGAUGCAAGAACCCACAAAGGGGCCGCAAGAACCAACAGAAGAGAUGCAGGAAGCAACAGACGGGACCCAAGAAGCAACAGAAGAGACUCCAGUCUCAGUUCCAAGUGACCUUGAAGCUACUGGUCUGAGCUUUCUGUCUGACCUUUGCUCUGGACUCGGUGACUCCCUAAUGUCUUCCCUCCUCCCGCUCCUCAACACUGCUUCGCUCUCCCCCUCCACCUCUUCCUUCGAUUUCAAACCCCAGCUGGACGCCCGCUUUUGUACAGACCUGGUGUCUCGUCGAACCAAAGAGGUGUACUCCUACCCAAGCCCACUGCAUGCGGUUGCCCUCCAGAGCCCCCUCUUCAUCUCCCAGACGCAGGAGCAAUCAGCCUCUGCAAGCCCCGAAGGACCACAGCCUGAUGAACCAAAAGAGUCAAACGCUGACGCACCUCUGACACUCCAGCCUGAACAGAGCCCCACACUGGCAUCCUUCACCCAGCUGGAGCAGUACAUCUCUCGGCUCGCUCGCCAGUAUCACAGCCGGGUAACCUCCUCCACCUCCGAUCUCACUUCAGCUUCCACCCCAUGUCGAAUGACACACAGAGGCCUUUGUACCCCAGGCAAAAGUCAUGGCUCCACCCAAUCGCUUUCUGCCUAUGAGAACCGCAGUACACCCUCCACCUUACCAGGUGGCAACAUCACGCCCUGUAAGUCGCUGCUGGGGAACUCGGCCAGAGUCAGUCUCAGUACAACCGCAAAAAAAGGCACCAGGAAUUCAAUCAACCUGGGUAACCUUCCUUCGGCCACUGGAGAGGACUUGAGCAUAAACCUGCAUCUCAACCUCAACUUGAACCUGAACCCUGGUUUAAAUUCUGGCCGCGGGCUAGCGGACAAUUCCAAAAAUGGAACUUGUGGAGCUUUGAGGGCUGACUUUACCGCAACACCCACAGCGCCUCCAUCAUCACUUUCUUCUGCUGUACCCACCCCAGCAAUGAGAUCCCGCCCUCGCAUUUCAACUUGUCCGAGCAGCCUGAGCCACCGCAGCUCGCUGGAAGUACCCUCAGGGUCCGGGGCCAAUUCUGGGUUUGCGUCAUCAGGCUUCUGCCGCUCGUUGGACUGGAGCAGUGGUGCGCCACCUGAGACUGGACACUAUGUGUAUGGUGCGAACCCUGGAUCAGCUCCUGGGUCUCAGCGGAGCAGCUUGAUCCAAGAGUCCAGUUCAAGUCCCAAGCUAAGCGAAGACUCCUCCAUGGUGGAGGAGAUCUCCCGCCUCUCUGGUCUGUCUAGGGCUGUUGUUAUAGGGCUGAUGGAACAAGGCGUGGAGCUGGAUAUUGACUGCUUCCAAACUGAUUCUGCAGGCGAGGUGAGGGGUCACAGUAAAACUCACCUGACGGCCCAGCCAGAUCAGUCACAUGACUAUAGUAGGCUGACCGACCUCAGCCCACAGAGACCAAUCCAGCUCUCUCUCAGCGUCACCCAUUCUCCACAGUCUCAGUCCAGCCUCACCCCUCCUCUUUCACACUCCAACAGCCCCAUACACCCUUACCAGUCCAUCCACAUUCCCUCUUCCCUCUACUCGUCACACUGCCACUACCAACAAAUGCCUUCCCCGUCUGACCUUCCCUCCUCCACUGCCUCCUCCCCGGCUUCUCGCCCCACCCCAAGGGGUCGCUCCCCUCCACGCCCCCUCCAGCCAUCCCCCCUCGGUGCCACUCCCCUCUCAGUUUUCCGACGGGAUGCGCCCUUUCAGUGCUCCCUCCCCCGAACCAAUACCCGGAACUCUCCUUUGGAGCACGGUGGCAUCCAACCAAGAGGUGGAUCACUUCGACAAAGUGGGGGAGGAAGUGGGGGUGGGAGCAAGUGGAAAAGAGGGGAGGGAGAAGGGCUCUACAGAGGCAAGCAUGCCUCGCAUAAGUUGAUUAGGGCAGCCACAGUUAGCAGCUAUUCCAAGAGAGAUGACUACAGCUCGGUUUGGGUUGAGGAGGAGGCGCAGACAUCACGGAAGUCCGCCAACAAACUCUGGAAAGGCUUUGAAGGACGUCUCUGGGGAAAAGAGUCUGAAAGUGAAAGGGAGGAAAUGGACAGAGCCGAGUAUGGCUACGGCUGGAGGAGGAACAGCGUCGGGAGCUGGAGGAGAGAGCACAGACGGAUGAAGGCUUCGUCCAGCAGCGGUGACAAGAGGCCAAAAGUAGACAACUCUCCCGUCUACUCAAAGAAGAGGGGGAAGGAAGACGGCGAGAGGCGCAGUUCCAGUCUCAGGCUUUCUAGGAGGGCUCUGUUCAGGAGUGAGUCCCAGGGCUUGCUGGUACCUCGUAACUACAGCGAGGAGCCUAAAAAGAGACAACACUGGGUCUCCUCCUUAGACGUGGGGCAAGGUGGCAUGGGGGUCAGCAGAGAUGAAGGAGUUAGGUUGCUAAGGGCAAAGGAGGAAGACAAGCGGCUGUCUUCCACGGCCAGCCUCUUUAACCUCUCUCGUUCUCAGAGCCUAGAAGGCAGCUGUCAUUCCCUUUCCCCCCUCUCCUCUCCUUCGUUCUCUCCUUCCCCUCCUCCGCGGAUGCCCCUCCAGCGCUCCCGAUCACUGAGGGAUUUGGGGAGGAAAGUAUUCGGCUCCAUGAGGUCCUUGAGUCUCAAACGGAAACCAUCCAAGAAGUGACACUUCUACAAUAAUAGAACUUCUCAGUAGAUGCAUCUUCCACAUGUUACAUACACCAGUAAACCAGUGAUGCUUAGUAUUAUAUUUGUUGUAAAAAAAAAAAGAGUGCCAUCAUUUUUGAUGUUCAUUCUUCAAGGUUUUAUGAUCAGUUGAAUACACUGGCCGUAAGAUAUGUACUAUGCCAGUGCUUGCAUUCACCACCAACAUGAUGGAAAUUCCUCUCAGGCACAUGAAGUGUUUAAAACCUUGUUUAUGGCCCGUGUCAUUCAUUCUGGUAACAUUUUUGUAAAUUUUUAAAAAGACAUACACUUUUUUAUAACCUCCCAAAAUACUAAUUUCUUAUCAAAUUACUUCCAGCAUGUUCUGCAGCACAAUAAUAGUGCUUAGUAGCCCAAGAGACUUUUUAUUGGAAAAACCUUGUGUGGUUAACGGUGCACUGUACACUGGCAAACUAGGGGUCGGUAGAAUGUGGCGAAGCUCACAGAUAAAUGUAAGUGAAACCAGUUAAUUUAUGAGUGAAUAUGAGCUGCAAAUAACCGUAAGUUGUUUCAAAGGACCUGACACCUCGGCAGGAACACUAGUCCUUUCUUUUUCUGGAAAGUAUCCUGAUUUUAAAAAAAAUGCUGAAUAUGACCCCAUUUGCUUUACGAAGCUUCUUUGCAUAUUGGUCUUACCCACCUGUAAACAUGAGUAUGAAUGCCUAUGUGCACACUCCCUUUCUGCAUGCUGCUCCGUGACUUGUUCAGUGAUUGUAGCUAUUGUGAGAAUGUGAUAUUCUUCUUUCAUCAUGGGCAAUACUGCCUCUGGAGUACAAUCAUAUUGGCCAGAUUAUGACCAAAACCACCAAGCAAAUACUCUUUAACUUGCUAUUUUGCUCAGGAUCUUUAAAUAAAUAUUGAAUGAUUAAAAUGUUGAUGAAUUAUCUGAGAUCAGUUUGUGGCUUCACAUGGUGUGUAACUAAUAAAAGAAACUGACUAAA